CCCUGGGACGUACUCCCUACACAAAAUCAGGAGUUGGGUAGUUCUUUCUCGAGUUUCGUUCCGUCCUAACUUUUAUGACAACAUGAUUUUCAAUUGUGACACUUGUCCCAUUUUCUUGCCACAAAAAAUUAACGAAGACAGCGAAAAGGUUAAUGACUAGAAAUUAUGUUCUUCUAUAUCAUCAGACAUUAUCACAGCUAUUUCAGGCUGAACAAAGUUUUCUGCACACCAGCUUAAUUAGUAACUCGUAUGUCUGUGUAAAACAGGGUCGUCUGCCAGUGAAGUGGACUGCUUAUGAAGGUUUACUUUACGGGACAUACACCACACAAAGUGACGUGUGGAGUUUCGGUGUAGUUCUGUACGAAAUAUUUACCGUGGGUGGCUCUCCGUAUCCGGGGAUUAACGGUCGGGAAAUUGCAAACAAGCUUCAGCAGGGAUACCGGAUGCCAAAACCUCAACACGUUGAUCAUCAGCUUUACCAGAUUAUGCUGCAGUGUUGGCAAGAGAAUCCAGACGACCGACCGACAUUCUCCUCGCUUAAAGACACCACCACUAAAAUGACGCAAAAUAAUAAUCACACGUAUGUCAACAUGAAAGAAUACGAUACCAGUUUGUACUCAAAUGUUGACGACCUUCUUGUAUAGGAGUGAAGACCGUUAAUAAGCUGUUGAGGACCCGUGCAACAAUGAGAGUUUUACGUCAUAUUUUAGUAGCAGAUUUGCCUGUAAUUAACAAUUAUUUAAAUGUCCAGCAGUUAUCACCCGUACUGAGGUAAAUAAUUGUUUCAUUUAGCAAAAUAGCCG